CAUCCGUAAUCGACGACACUAUCGCACAGGAUUCGCUGUAGGUUUCGGCGUUACCUUGUUAUUGUGUCAUGUUCACCGUCUCAAACGAUGUGGGACGAUCUUCGGAAGGUGCUCCCUAUCCCCACAGCGCCCGCGUCUUAGGGCAUCUUUCAUAUUUCUAUCGAAGUAUGAUCACAGCAGUAGUGCCACCAACAGACGAAACCCAGGGUCUCGGCCAUGCUGACCACAAUUCUGAUGAGGGUCCGACCGCACAGUGGCUAUUCUUUGAACGUAUAAAGCGUUACAAGGCCCACCGAUCAUGGCGAGUCGCCCUACUCCGGCAGGCGACAUCUCGACGACGCACGCCAUCCAGCCGACAGUUCAACUCACUUGUCUGGUAGCAAUGUCCUCCAUCAUCGCAGAGGUCAUGUCUCGCUACGUGGGAGUUGCAUUCUUCGGAUGUACCUUUGUUGCAUUUCUAUCCGGUAUCACAACUGCGCAGUUCCUCGUCUUUCGGGCCUCCGAGGUUGUUGAUCACCGUGUUCUCCGAUCACUUGUUUCCUGUCUGUGGGUUGUUGAUGGAGUCCAUUCUGCACUAGUGUCAUGGCCAGCAUAUGCUUGGGCUGUUUCUGAUAGGUCCAAUGUUCUUGGUGUCCUCUAUGGCAAUGUCUGGUCCUUCAGGGUAAGCAAUAUAUAUGAGUAUCUGACUGUCUCUCAAGUUCUGUCUUGUAAGCAGGGUGCUGCCCUCUUAACUGGUAUAUCCAACUUGGGAGUCAGGAGGUAACAAACAUCACCAACUUGCCAGUGAACUAUGUUCAUGCACUCUACAGCAUAUAUAUCCACCGUAUCUGGAAACGUAAGAUAUGUUGAUCUCUACUUGGAAUCA